GGAUCUCUAAUAUCAAUUCGGAAUUUGUCUGUCACUCCAGCCGACCCUUAAUAAAUUACAACUUCAUUGUUGAUAUGAAACAUCACUGCAAGAUAUUCUGAAGGAUUUUGAUCGACAUAGAGAUUAAUUAUUUCGAUAAUAAAAAAAUCAUCUUUUGCAUAUUAAGUAAUCUUGUCGCGGUUAUAAUACGGCCAAUAAUUAUUUUUCGCACGUUAAAAUAUAUAAAUACGAAUAUUCGAGAAGCAGCCCAUCAAGAAAAUAUUAUAUUAUAUUUUGACGUAUAACUUUGAUAUUUCUUAUUCCAAUGGCACUGACAGGACCUGGCUUACCGAAAGUACCUGCUCCUUUAAAAAGCAUACAACAGUAUUUAACUGUUGCGGCAAAACAUGAUCAGCGAGAUUGCGUCGUCAGUUAUUGGUGUCGUCUGUAUGCUCUUCAAACUGGAUUAAAGUUGUCAACAAAAACAUCAGAAGAAACAAAUUUUUUAAUGAAGUUGAUGGAUUGGUUGGAAGCAACAAAGAAAGAAUUAUAUGACAAUGAAGCUAUUACUAAUGAUGUAGCUGCUCAGGCACACUUGGAAAAUUGGGCUUUGAAGCUUUUUUUGUAUGCUGAUAAGAAUGACAGAGCUGCAAACUUCUCUAAGAAUGUAGUACAAAGUUUUUACACUGCUCAGAUACUAUAUGAUGUAUUGACGCUGUUUGGAGAAUUGAGCGUAGAAGCAACACAAAAUCGAAAAUAUGCUCAAUGGAAGGCAGCUUACAUUCACAAUUGUCUAAUAAAAGGAGAAACUCCAAUACCAGGCCCAAUGAAAGAGAAUGAUGAUGAAGAUAGUCCAAUUAAAGCAUCAAACGAUGAUGGAGAAUUUGAGUCAAAUAUAAAUACUGUAUCUGAAAGUCCUAAAGAUGAUAUUUCACAAAGUAUUCCACCUAUUCCUGCAAAUCCACCAACCACAAGAACGCAAUCAUUUGAUUCAGAAGAUAAUUCGUACAAAACAGAAAGUGGUAUUCAAUUAUCAGUUGAGCAAAUUGGUAAGGCUCAAAAGUUUAUUAAAUGGGCAAGUAGUGCAUUGGAUUAUGAUGAUAUAUCUACUUCUGUAAUGAAUCUUCGGAAAGCUCUGCAUCUUUUAACUACUGGUCAGGAACCUGCAUAGAACCUAUGAAGACAAUGAAAAACAUGUUUAAUAACAACUUAUCUGCAAUUAAUUGUAUUAAACUUGUUGCUUAUUUUAUAAUGGCUAGUAAAAAUAUUUUAAUAAUAUUUCAUAAUUUUUAUAAUCUUUAAAUGCAGAUAACAAAAGAACAAAAAAAGCACUUACAAUCAGCUAGUCGGAUCAGUCUUGACUACAGUGCACUUAAUGAAUAUAGAAAUUAUUAUGGAUUAUUUUCAGAUUGCAAUUGUUUAAAAUGAGAAAUAUAUAAUUGUAGUUUUAUUAUAUUUAUUAAAACUAUUUACUUUAGUACUUUUAAUAUUCUCUUUAUAAAAAGCUUUAAUAUCAACAUUGCUUCUAAAUAAUUUUUUAAUGAUAUUGAUGAGACAUAUAUACAAAAAACCGUUGUUAUCUAACUAAUAAACAGCAAAAAAA